UUCCUUUGAUUUCGUUGUUCAAGAAUGACUUCUACACCCACAAAUGUGUCAUCUGAAGAAGUGAAUGUGUUCGCUCCUCUUGGUGAAGCGAUGUUGUGGCCAAAGAACAUCUCCCAGAGUAAUGCCACCAUGACUCACAAGUUCGUGCAACCUCCUUGGCGCAUAGCACUUUGGUCCCUGGCUUAUGGUUCUAUGGUGGCUGUAGCCGUGUUCGGCAAUAUAAUAGUGAUUUGGAUCAUCCUGGCACAUAAAAGAAUGAGGACUGUCACCAAUUACUUCCUGGUCAGCCUGGCUUUCUCAGACGCAUCCAUGGCCGCUUUCAAUACCCUGGUGAAUUUCAUAUAUGCCCUUCACAACGAAUGGUAUUUCGGUGAAGCCUACUGCAGGUUCCACAACUUCUUCCCAAUUACAGCAAUUUUUGCCAGCAUCUACUCCAUGUCUGCUAUAGCUGUGGACAGGUAUAUGGCUAUUAUUGAUCCUUUGAAACCAAGAUUAUCUGCAACUUCAACAAAAGUAGUCAUUGGAAGUAUCUGGAUAUUUGCAUUCCUGCUUGCUUUUCCUCAAUGCCUCUAUUCCAAGACCAAAGUAACACCAACCAGGACCCUUUGCUUGUUAGCAUGGCCAGGAUACGAAAAAAGAAUCACGUACCAAAUUAUUGUAGUUCUACUAGUAUAUUUCUUCCCGUUACUUGUCAUGGCCAUCACAUACACCAUUGUUGGAAUUACACUGUGGGGAGGAGAAAUACCCGGAGAUACAUCGGAUAAAUAUCACGAACAGCUCAGAGCAAAAAGAAAGGUGGUGAAAAUGAUGAUUGUGGUUGUGGUAACAUUUGCAAUUUGCUGGCUUCCCUAUCACAUAUUUUUUAUUGUUACUGCACUUGAUAUCAAAGUGGACAGAUGGAAAUAUAUCCAACAAAUCUACUUAGCAAUCUUUUGGCUGGCAAUGAGUUCAACUAUGUACAAUCCCAUCAUUUACUGCUGUCUAAAUAAAAGAUUCCGAGCUGGUUUUAAAAGAGCUUUCAGAUGGUGUCCUUUUAUUGAAGUGUCCAGUUAUGACGAACUAGAACUGAAAACCACUAGGUUCAAUCCAACCCGGCAGAGCAGCCUUUAUACUGUGUCCAGGAUGGAAUCAAGCAUGACAGUGGUGUUUGACCCCAAUGAUGGAGACAACUCAAAAUCUACUCACGGCCACAAGAAGAGAGCUGCGUCCAGUGAAUCCACAAUCAAUGGAUGCUCACAGCGAAACUCAAAAGCUGUCUCCACAAGUUCAAGUUUUAUUAGCUCUCCUUAUGUAUCUGCAGAUGAUUAUUCUUAAAAAAAAAGCAUUAGAAAAACUAUGGGGAAAUUAUUUUCAUGUAAUGUUGAGAUGACUGGAAGUGAAUAGUAGAAUUUUUCUGUUUCAUGGACACUUACAAUAUGUGUAAAUGGGAAAUGUGAUUCGUACCCUUAAUGUAUUUUUUGCAAAUAUAAAGGAACAAAUGUGAUUUAUUCCUUUCUAUUGACAAAAAUACAUAAAGGCUUCAGAACAGACACAGUAUGUGAAUGUGGCAUCGCUUUUCUCAUAAAAUAUUCUUACAAGAAUAGUUUCAUCAGAAAAACAGCCCCUGGUGUCAAUUCAAUAUUUACCCUGCUAGAGCCCAUGAUAUCUACAAACCCUCUGUAAUAAUGUAUAAUACUUAUUGAAUAAUAGAUGUGCUGUAUUGUUCAGAAUAUAUGCCACAUUUUUAAAUCAAAACUUCUGCUUGAAAAUUGAGGUUUUGCAUAUAUCCUGGAUUUCAUGCACACAAAGCCAAUAAAACUUAUGGGCCUUGAGCUCCUGCCAUAUAAACACAAAAUAACAUAUGACAUGUAGUAUAUACUUUGCUGAAUCACCUUGAUGGUAUUGGGGAAAAACGCAACUGGUGUAUGAAUAAAUAUUGUGCCACCAGCUUCUCCAACUGGUCUUCAGUAAUCAACACCAGUUUAUAUGGUGCCUUGCAUGCUUACACAAACACACAGUAACAUACCUGCACGCACACUUACACACUGUAACACACACACUCGGUAACACACUAACACACACAGUAACAUAGAGUGGCACGCCUGGCUUGCCACCGAUGGUGGGGCCCUGGGCAGGCCUCCCCAUGCAAUGCGGGGCGGGGGCCUCCAUUA